ACGCGCACGUAGAUUCGGAGCUGCGUCCAUGAUCUGCGGGAGCGGGAAGGUGCGGACAGAUGGAAAACGGUGGAGGCACAAGGCCUCACAGUGCCGGCAGCAGCUCGGGAACUGGAAGGUGAUGGUGUGGUUGAUGGCGGCGUUACUAGCCCUGGCGGAGGAUGUUUUUUCCAAGGAGGACAGUCCAGAGAACCAGCUGGACUCACACCGGCAUGGCCUCAGGCGGCCCCCCAGGAGGUCUGAUGCACCGGAGACCCGCGACCUAGCUGACCCCUUCUGGCCGGAGGCCUUUGAAGCAUGGACGCUGCUCCAGAACGUGGACGCCGCUCAGCGCCGUUGGCGGCGCUCACCUCGCAACGGCCAACCACCGACAUCACGCAGCAAGCCCAAGAGGCCCGACGCGUCGUGCCGCGUGGAGAAGCGUCGGACGCGUGUCCGCGAGCUGGGCCUGGGCUACGACUCGGACGAGAUCAUCCUGUUCAAGUACUGCGUGGGUUCAUGCCGCGCUGCCCGCAGGAACUACGACCUGGCGCUUGGGGCCCUGGUAGCACAGGGGGGCGUCUCGGCUCGCAAGCUCAGUGGCCGGCCGUGCUGCCGGCCCACCCGCUACGAGACCGUGUCCUUCAUGGACGCUCGUGCUAUGUGGCAGACUAUCCGGUGGCUCUCGGCCGCCGACUGCAGCUGCGUGGGCUGAGCCGUCGCUUUGACAAUGUUGUGAUGUCAUCGUGGAAACUGUAGGCGGCUUGGCGGCUUGCUCAAGGUGGGCAGCUGGGAGUCCAAUUCAGAAACUUCUUGAGGGGGGCAGCGCCGAGAUGCCCCCAAAGAGAGUUUUAACCCCGGAACUAGGAACUCAUAGGAAGACCCUGGUAAGGGGCGAGUACUUUGGAAAGAUCCAGGUCGGAGAGAGUAGAAUCUCAAAGUUCCUGGAACUGAUUACCAACUGGUCAUUUGCUUUUUUUGACAUCACUGCUAGAUGCUUCUGAACUGCAAUGGACAGCCAGACCUUUUCAAAGCAGCCAAGCCCACAUUGCCACCAGCCCUUUUAUUGAUUUUUGACUGUUUUUUCAAGAUCCACACAAUCUUGUGUUCCAUGACUAUAAACACAAUCUACCAAAA